GCUGAGUCGAAGUAGUAGGGCGGGGAAAUCGGCGCAGCGGCUCGACGCAUGCCCAAUGCGUGUGUGGCGACGGCGGCGACCACUGUGGUGAUGGCGGUUCGCUGUGUAAGGCUGGCGCGGCGAAGUCUGCCGGCUUUGUCAUUGUGUCUCAGGCCCUCUCCACGCCUGCUGUGCACAGCUGCGAAACAGAAGAACAAUGGCCAGAGCCUGGAGGAGGACUCGAGGCCCAGUGAGCAGAAGGCCGAACCUCCCGCUGCAGACAAGGUUCUCCUAGAGGAGAAGGGCCGGCUGGAAGAGCAGCUCAGAGAGACCAUGGAAAAAUAUAAACGGGCGCUGGCAGAUACCGAGAACUUGCGGCAGAGAAGCCAGAAGCUGAUAGAGGAGGCGAAACUGUACGGCAUCCAGGGCUUCUGCAAGGACUUGCUGGAGGUGGCGGACAUUCUGGAGAAGGCCACCCAGAGCGUCCCAAAGGAGGAGAUUAAAGACGAGAACCCUCACCUCAAGAACCUGUACGAGGGGUUGGUGAUGACGGAGGUGCAGAUCCAGAAGGUGUUCACAAAGCAUGGCCUGCUCAGGCUGGACCCCAUCGGAGCCAAGUUCGACCCCUAUGAGCAUGAAGCCUUGUUCCACGCACCCGUGGAGGGGAAGGAGCCGGGCACUGUGGCGCUCGUCAGCAAGGUGGGCUACAAGCUGCAUGGGCGCACCCUGCGGCCUGCACUGGUGGGGGUGGUGAAGGAAGCCUAACAGCACCUCAGCACCCCUCAAUGCGACUCUUAGAAGGUGGGUCACCUUUCCUCCCGAGCGGGCACCUGGGCCUGUGACCUGCGACCUGCCUGGUUGGAAGGGGGAGGAAGAGUGGCCGAGCAAGGGCCAGGCCAGGGCCCACCUGGCGGAGGAACUGAUGGGAUCUGCUCGUUGCUGCUCUGUGCCCUGGUCACUCUUUCCACGUAGCAAACAUGGGCUGUGGGCCUUCGUGUCCCAAAGAGCGCUGUAUCUGCUCAAAUUCUGGUGAUUGCAAAGUAUUUUGAACAAAUAAAAGGUCUCUGGGAA